AUAUCAAAGCAAUAAGGGAUUGGAUGUUGGUAAAUACAAAUGGUAAAGUACAGACAGCUAAUUACUUCAUUGACGAGGGGCAAGUUUCAUUGUUAAGCUGGGCUACCGAUAUGAAGUGUGACCGUCGAGAAUGGAAUACGGUACUUGAUGUUGGACCUAUUUCUGUAAACAUUGGUUCCAAAGAUCAGCUUGCGAAUGAUAUUAAGGAUGGUGCAGAUGUACGAUAUGCCUGGAUAAGUUCUACUGGGGAGUAUACUUUAAUUGAAGCCGACAACAUAGAAUUUAAUGGUUCUAAAUCCGACUUCGGUGCACAGCAUAUACGUUCCAUACUUCUUAAACCAAACGGAAACGAAUACAAGUUUGAUGUCACAUUAAAUAAGCUCACCUGGUUGUAUACAAUAACAACUAACUCUGGCGUGGUGGGAAGCAGUAGGUGGGCUAUUGAUGACCAUCUUUCACGAGGAACGACAUCUGCUAACACUAGGGUGGUGUGGUUUGUCGCCAAAUAAUUAGUUUCGAAAUGAUUUGCUUUAAAAAAGCACUCAUUAAAUUGACUUUUAUUUUAAUAUAAUGAUUGAUUAUGCACCUUUUAUAAACAAAUGUAUAUAUGGGUUUUGCUUCACAUAUAGCAUUAUAAA